UACGGAAAUCACCCACCGGAGUGCUAAAGUGAACAAAAGAGAAUCAAGUGAUUUUGUCGUAAGAAAGUAGUGUGAACACCAAACCAAACAAGACCCACAAAAAACGCUGCUUCUGCUGUUGGAUCCUUGUCUCUCUCUCGCGACGCCGCUGCUGGCUGGGCCAAAAAGUUUCCAACUAAGACGCAUUUCCAGUUCGAACGCGAAUCGAAACGCAUCGAAGGGGAACCCUGGAAUUUGUGUGAUACGGUUAAAGAACAGUUGGUUAUUAAUUAUUCUAAUACCUUAAGACAGCUGAGAAAGUGCUGGAAUCGAGAAAACACGUGUUUGGGUGAAAGAAAAACUGAGCAGAAACUGAAUUUACUUCGCAAGCUUCGCAAAAACGUCAAACGACUAACGACAAUCCAAGAUGGCAUUUGCUGUGCUGCGAAAUUGUGUGCGAUUUUCCACACCUUCUUCAUCUUCGAUGGGCAAACGUUUGCUGGUGGAACGAAACUUGACCUCGCUUGCUACGAUCAACUCGGUUCCUCAUCAACGACAGGGAGAAACGUCACCAUUACACGUGGUAAAAUGCCAGAAAGCAUCAAUCGCGGCCAACACUCGACCAAGUUUCCUAUCAACAAACGUCAGACAAUAUUCGAAGAAAAGCAAUCGCCCGGAACGGGCCUACGAAAGUGACUCGGAUUCUGAUUCAGAUGACGAACGCAGCCCUCGGGUUGAGCGGAAGAUCAAGCAACGGCGUGAAAGGGGAACCAGUGAAUUCUGGCGCCGGAAGAUGCGCACCCUGCACGGCCUGCUGGACGUCAACAACGACGGAGUGAUUUCGUACGACGACUUUCGGCUGUUGACCGAAAAGUUCGGUUCGUUAGGCCAUCUGGAUGAUCGCGCAAAGGACGAAUUCAGGGAAAUCAUGAAAAGCACCUGGACGGAACAGUGGGGAGAAAUCACGCCGUACAAUUUGAUUACGGUGGAGCAGUAUCUGGCCGAUAUGCACCAUGUGGUCAACGAUAAGGAUUUGCGCUGGAAGGUGCACCGAUUUUUGCCUUAUCUUUACAGGGCCGUCGACAAGGAUCAUUCGGGGGCGAUUUCUCUGAAUGAAUUCAAACUAUUUUUCCGUUGUCUCGGUUUGACCGAGGAAAAUGCCGCCGUUUCGUUUGCAGUCAUCGAUAAGAAUGGUGACGGUCAGAUUACGCUGGACGAGUUCAUCAAACUGGGGCGGGAUUUCCUUCUGACCGAAAAUGAGGCUAACGCUUCGAGACUGUUCUGGGGCCCGUUGGUUGAUCAUUGAAAUUUUGAAUACACAAUGACUUUUUUUUUCUCCAAAAUCACAGCUAGAGUUAAGCAAAACAUAGCAACUUCCAUCAUUACCUCAAAAACUAAUACAUUGUGAUAAAUCGCUUGAUGACAUUUUA